AUGUUAGCUGCUUUGGCCUUUGUCCCUGAAGAGGAUAUUAUUUAUGCGUACGAGAAACUAAUCAACACCAAAUUUUACAAAGAAAAUGAUAAGCUUCUAACUCAUCUGAUUGAUUACAUCGAAGAAACGUGGAUAGGGACAUUGAAUCGUCGUAAAGUAAGACUUCCCCCACAAUUUGCCAUAAAGUUAUGGAAUCAGUACCAAUCAGUGAUACAGAGAACACCUCGUAUCAAUAACAGUGUCGAAGGCUGGCACCAUGCGUUAAACACACGAGCCGAAGCUAGCCACUUGACUGUUUGGAAACUGAUUGAGUUAAUGAUGAGAGAGCAGAAUCUUACAGAUGUGAAAAUGAGUCAUAUCGAGGCAAAAGUGGAAACCCCAACAAUGAAGAAAAAGUACCGAGAGAUUGAUGCCAGGAUCUACAACAUCGUGGUCAAUAGUGUUGUUAAAAUGUUGUAA